UGCGCCUGCUGAUGCUCCCGACCGCGACUCUGCAGCAAAUCGCCUUCCCUCCUAUCCCCACUUUCCUCUCCAUCUCCCCCUCUACUCUCCCCACUCCCUCGCUCAUAUACGUGGGAGCCGCCACCCUCUGUGUUAUAGCCACCAUCAUCAUGUUCGGCGCGCGGACGAAGCAGGUCAAGACAUACGGCAAGCGCAGCCAGCGCAUCGUCCCGGCCUCGGGAUCGAGUGACCUGCGGGCGGCGUAUAGGGCGCCGAGCAUCUUUGACGACCUCCCCCCUCCGCAGUAUGCGCCCGUAGCAUGUCGGAUGAAGAAGAGGGAGAACACGACGACGACAAAGCCCGGCUCCCCCAAGGUCGUGCAUGUCAAGCGAAGCAAGCCUGCAGCGGUGCCUGCGCGAAGGUCGGACGCUGCGGUGAAGGCGGCUGACAAGAUGCGCCCCGCUGCGAAGACGACUAUCAACAAGCUCAGGGAGGCUGCCAGUGCGGAGGAUGCCCCGCGAUCACCUCUGCAAGCAGUCCCCCUCAACUCUCCCGCCGUCAAGGCGAAGCGUCCCCGCGUCACACUGGGGAAAGGCAGGCCCACUGGCUUGAUGAACCGCUCGUCUACCACCAAUGUAGAUAUCAUCACCCUCGACCAUGACGGCACGCCUCUCAAGCAGGAGCGGCGCGUAUCUCAUCCGCGCGCGGACGUGAACCCCCCUCAGGCGAAGAAGCCAUUGCAAUCACUCGCAGCCCGUCUGAGCAACGCGCCUGUCGAGGCGAGCGACGACGAAGACGAAUACGUGCCCCCACCCCGUGUUCAGCGACGGAAGCGGCUCGUCUCAGACGUGCCGAAGCCAGCACCCAGGGUCAUCGAGAUACAGUCGGACUCCGAACAAGAACCAGAGCCUGACUACGAGGAAGAAGUACAGCCCGUGACACCUGCCCCCGCCAAACCAACCACCUCCUUCAAGCUACCUACCCCGCCCAUCGUACUGCUUCCUACCCCGCGAUACACCAAUGUGAAAGUUAUACCAGCGCCACCGUCGACGAGUAGCCUAUCGCCAAUGUCUUCGCUCUCACCCUCCCCCGAUUCCUCCCCUGCCCCUGCCGCCGCCCCUCAGAGGAGCUUCGUCAUGCAGCCUUCGUCCAGGCCGCGCCAGCUUACGCCCAUUCGCGGCGCGCGGCGCAAGGGCCUCUUCGUCCCGCCCUCGCCACCCUCUCCCCUUACCUCCUCCGACCUCGAGGACAUUUCCUUCGCCUCUUCCGCCGACGACCUCGACCUCGACUCCUCCCUCUCAUCGCUCGACGAGCCGCCCACGUUCCCCGAGUACGUCCGCCCGCUCCUCGCCGAGUGCAACCAGCUGGACAGCGGCCCGUACGAGUUCUCCGCCUUCCUGAACACCUUCCCCUUCGACCCGGUCGUAGGCGGGACGCGUGGGCAUGCGUCUUUCCGCAAGAUCGGCGAGGCGAGCUACUCGGAGGUCUUUGGGAUUGGGGACGUGGUGUUGAAGAUCAUUCCGCUCAAGGACGAGGAGGGGCGCGCGGCGACGGGGGCGGGGAAGCUCAAGGCGCGAAGGGAUAGCACGUCGGAUGACGAGGACGACGAGGGCCCGCCGCCGAGUGAUCUGAAGGAUGUGGUGAAGGAGAUUAUCGUGACGCGCGCGAUGGGGCAGGUGUGCGAUCGGUUUGUGCGACUGUUGAAGGCGUAUGUGGUGCGCGGGCGGUACCCGGAGCAUUUGUUGUCGUUGUGGGACGAGUAUAACGAGGUGAAGGGGUCGGAGAGUGUACGGCCAGACACGUUCAGCGUGUCCCAGCUGUACGCAAUCAUCAUUCUGCCCAAUGGUGGACCGGACCUGGAAGCGUAUCAGUUUGCGACGCCAUCAAGGACUGGGUGGAGGCAAGCGUGCAGUAUCUUCUGGCAGGUGGCGAAAGCCCUUGGGCAUGCGGAGCAGCUUGUCUCGUUCGAGCACCGCGACCUACACUGGGGUCAAGUCCUCGUCCAGAAUAAGACAACAGCGCACAAGACGCCCCUCGCCCCCAGGUCACAGAACGUGCGACCUUCGUCCAGCACGCACAAGGCCAUGAUGGAUGAUCCCAUACAUGGCAUCGAGGCCACCCUGAUCGACCUCGGCUUAUCGCGCAUGGACGCUGGCGAUGGAAAGGGCGGCGAGCGGGUGCAUUGGACACCGUUCGAUAGUGAGGUGUUCGAUGGGGAAGGCGAAUACCAGUACGAGAUCUACCGCAUGAUGCGAUUGGUGCACACCGGUCGCUCCUGGAGCGAUUUCAAGCCGUUGACGAACGUGAUGUGGCUGCACUACCUCGUCCUGCAACUGCUCACGAAGAAGGGCCUGAAGGAGCCCUCGCGAAGGACGCCCUCGCCCGCAGCACAGCCGGGCGUCUUCAGCGAGAUGGAGUGCUAUAAGGCGCUGGUGGAUAUCGAGGAGUGGUUGGGGAGGUGUGUCGCGGAGGUGGUGGCGAGUGCGAAGAAACAGGGUGCGCCGACGAGGACGAGGAAGUCGAUGGCGGUGAAGAGCCAGCACACGGCCGGGAAGAAGAGUGCGGCAGUUGUUCCUGCGAGUAUCUCGCCUGCCUGUGCUGGAGAAGUCGUCGCGUACGGUGUGAAGAAAGGGUGGAUUAGGCCUGUGGGCCAGUGAGUGCCUUGAGCUUGAGUAGGCAGUGGGGCUGGUGCUCGAGCAGGCAAAGUUGGUGUGAUGGCCUUUCAACGACCUUUCCUUUGCGUUCCUUCUCGUUUUGUAAGAACCCCGAUUUGUAUGUAUCUAUCUCGGUGUGCUGUAUACCAGAUGAUGUGAACCUUGGAGCUUGAAUGAGUUGGAGAC